GUUUUUGUCAUACUGAAAUAUACUAUCAGCGAUUGAAAGUUUUGGGUGCUGCUAGAAGACUUCUCUGAAAAAUCUAGAGAGAUAUCUCUGGACCUCACAAAACCAAAAUGUCAUCUUACCAGAAAUAUGACGUCAGGAAGCGAGAUCCAGACCCCAAAUCCGCCGUCCUGUUGGUGAUCGACAUGCAGAACUACUUCUACUCCAUGGCCAAGCCUAUUCUGCCGGCGAUCAAGGCCACCAUCGACCUCUGCCGCGGACAGUCGAUGCGCGUGAUAUUCACGCGCCACCGCCACAAGUCUCCGGAUGACUACGGCAUGCUGUACGAGUGGUGGGACGGCGACCUCAUCAUGGACGGCACCGUUGAGGCGGAGCUCAUCCCCCAGCUGGGCCGGACGGAUUCCGAUUUGGUGGUUGAAAAGACUACUUACAGCGCCUUCGCAGGCACAAACUUAGAGCAGAGUCUGAGUGAGAUGGGUGCAAAAGAGGUGAUUGUGACGGGGGUGAUGACCAACUUGUGCUGCGAGACCACCGCAAGAGAGGCCUUUGUUAGGGGGUUUAGGGUUUUCUUCUCCACCGACGCCACCGCCACCUCCUCCGCAGAACUGCACGACGCAACCUUGAAGAACAUGGCGUACGGUUUUGCCUAUCUUCUUGAUUGCAAAAGGCUUCAGGAUGCAUUUUCAAAGCCUCAGCUGGAGGAGUAAAUAUUAUUAUCAUUGCAUUUUGAUUUGGUGCCAUAUAUAAUGUACAUUUUUCUCGGUAA